AGUCACUGUCGUGUUUCGACUUAAAUGACUGACGAGGUCUUGGUGUAGUUUAUCUAAGGUGCUACUGAGUCCUACUCGUCUUUCAGACCUGGUGACAAUGAAGGUCGCUGUACUCGUCCUGGCUUUGUGUGUAGCCGCCAUGGCUCAGCAUCGUCCACCAGAGGAGACUCAACCACCUGUGACUAUAACAGUCGAGGAGUUGGUCUGGCUGGAGGUGGGCAACAUCAUCAGGGCCGACUCUCGCAUCACCCAGUCGGAGUGCAAGGCCAGGUGUGAUGCUCACUUCGCACUUAGCGAUGACCUGGAUGAAUCGCUCACAGACAUCAUUUGUCAACGGGAAUGUGAGCUGGCUGUCGCCGGCCAUGAGGACUUCCACCGACCACCAGGAGAUCGUGGCGGUCGCGACUAAAGAUGUCAGAUGGACAUCAUCAGGGUCACACAGGAGUUUUAAUUAACUAAGCUGUUCGAGCAAAAUAUGCGUUGGCAUGAUGACAAUGAUCUAUGACAUAAUACUGUAAUAUUAUCUUCUCCAAUGUUAUAGCUAUGUCUACACUUAUUGUACAAUAAAUAAUCUCGCACAUAUA